AAAUCGAGGGCGACCCGAAUGUUGUUCUAGAUGCGCAUGCGCAGGAUGGGACAGAUCUGGUGACAAUAACGAAACAGCAAGAAAGAAGGUGAGGAGGCAAAGGAAGGAGGUGAGAUCGAUCAGUGGAGGAGGAUCCAUGAUGGUCUGACGCCUCAGCUGGAAUCAUGCUGAGUUUCUUCGGACUGCGGAAGGACUCUAAGAAGGCUCCAUCGGACAGAGAGGCGGACGGAGGCUUUGUCAUCGUUGGAGAGACUGUAAACGAACAAAAGCAGAGGAGUCAGACCGUGAACGUCUCCCAGCCGUCUACAAACGUCAUCGUCCAGCCAUCCAAGCCAGUCCGAGCGGCUCCAUCCAGACCCGCCACCAAACACGCGCCAGCGGCGGCGGCGCCACCUGCGGGCCCUCCGGCCGUGGAAGCCUCUUCGGCGCUCCCAGAUCUCCUGGGAGACGUCCCCUUCACGCUGGCGCCUCACGUCCUGGCCGUGCAGGCCCGCUCCAGCGCCGUCCCCGACGUCCUGCUGUCCAGAGACAUCAACUACAACCUGGCUAGCUUCCAGUACGACUUCACCUUAGAAAACUCCGUGCUCCACAGCACCUAGUGAGUUUGGAACGGUUCACUGUUCAACCAAUCAGAGAGUAGAAGGAGACGGAAUCUGGAUGAGCAGCUUCACAUAUAGAAUAGAAACAUUCAGGUUCUGCUGGUGUCUCCAUGACGAGAAGCUCUGCUACUGUCUGUUAUUUGUCCAGUGUGUCCACGUUUAGCUCCUGCUCCUUGUCCCCAGUUGAUCUCCAUGUUUAUCAGAUCAUCAGUCCUGCUGCUGCUCCACCCAGGAGUCAGAGAGACGUAGAAGUGAUCAGACUCAGUUCCCAGAAUGCCAAGAAUAACUGCAGAAAGAUGUCCCCGACCUGGGAAAGCCCUGAACAGAUCAAACGGCUCGGAUCAGGCGCCCGUCAGCUGGAGCCCAUCAG